AUGGUGCUGCUGCUGGUCAUCCUCAUCCCGGUGCUGGUGAGCUCGGCCGGCACGUCGGCGCACUACGAGAUGCUGGGCACCUGCCGCAUGGUCUGCGACCCCUAUGGGGGCACGAAGGCGCCCAGCACUGCCGCCACGCCCGACCGCGGCCUCAUGCAGUCCCUGCCCACCUUCAUCCAGGGCCCCAAAGGCGAGGCCGGCAGGCCGGGGAAGGCGGGCCCGCGUGGGCCCCCCGGCGAGCCUGGGCCGCCGGGUCCCGUGGGCCCUCCGGGCGAGAAGGGCGAGCCCGGCCGCCAAGGCCUGCCGGGCCCGCCCGGGGCGCCCGGCCUGAAUGCGGCCGGGGCCAUCAGUGCCGCCACCUAUAGCACGGUGCCCAAGAUCGCCUUCUACGCCGGCCUCAAGCGGCAGCACGAAGGCUACGAGGUGCUCAAGUUCGACGACGUGGUCACCAACCUCGGUAACCACUACGAUCCCACCACGGGCAAGUUCACCUGCUCUAUCCCGGGCAUCUACUUCUUCACCUACCACGUCCUGAUGCGCGGAGGGGACGGCACCAGCAUGUGGGCUGAUCUCUGCAAAAACAACCAGGUGCGAGCCAGCGCCAUUGCCCAAGACGCUGAUCAGAAUUACGACUAUGCCAGUAACAGUGUGGUUCUUCAUUUGGAGCCAGGAGACGAAGUCUACAUCAAAUUAGAUGGCGGCAAAGCCCACGGAGGAAAUAACAACAAAUACAGCACAUUUUCUGGAUUUAUUAUUUACGCUGACUGAUCAUGCAGAAACUAAGCUUAUUAUUCUGAGUUUGAACGCUGGAUUCGUAUGGCUAACGUCUGUGAAUCAAGGAUCCCAGGGGAUGCCGGUUGCGGGGCACCUCAGUUGUGUAUAUGUGGGGAAUUCAAAUGCUACCUGACUCACAUCUGUAUACGCAGAAACAUUAUGUAAAAAAAAAAAAAAAAAAAAAAAAAAUUAAAAGCAAGAUAAGCAGAUGUGUUAUCCACUACCGCCAAAGCAAAUACUCCUCCUUAUCGUUAGUGUCCAUGUGAAUGAAGUCCUAUAUAGAUCACAAAUUUUUAUAGAAAAAUCUAAGACACUGAAUUAUUUCUCCAAUAUAUCUGAACUUUGGUGUACUGUGAUCUUGCUGCUUUUAUCCAUAUGUCAGCUUUGGUUCUUGUGAGUUUACCUGCUUAUUAUGAUACCUGGAGUCCAUUCAUAGUGUGGGGAGAAUUAUAUUACCCUGCAGGAGAAGGUCUGAUUGAAACAAUGCUGCUUGUC